GAGAGAAGCACAUACGCUAACAGUCUCCAGCCAGCCAGCCAUCCACCGUCCUCUCCUCUCCUCAUCUGUUGUGUCGGCCGGCAGGGGCGCGCGGCUGCUGAGGUAAGUAGUAGCGCGAUGGGCAAGGUGUGCUGCAGCAAGGAGGCGCAGGAGGAGGCCGGGAUCGACCUCCUUGGGCUGCUGGUCGCCGCCAUCAUCGCCCUCGUCCUCAUGCUCCUCUGCACGACGCCCCGGAGGCGCUGCGUCGCCGUCUACCCGUGCUGCUGACUGCUCAGCGGCGCUCAAGCCUCUCUCUGUCUAUAUCGAUCGCAUGCAUGCAGCAGAACAGUGCAGGCCAGGCAGCAGGCUGCAGGCAUGGGCUCCUCAUCUUUUUUUGGUUCACCAAUUAAUUUCUACUCGGCUGUAAUAAUACCCAUCCUACUGCAAGUCAUGUACUAAAAUAUAUCCAUCCUAAUGCAAAGCCAUCUCUAGCCUGAA